AGUCGCAUACUUGAGGACGCAUCUAUCAUGUGCAACUCUUGGUCACCGAGGCAUAACGGGGACCUGUUUAGCGGGCUGAACGACGGCCUGCUGACGCGCGCCGAGGCGCUGGCCGCCGUGGACAUCGGCAAGCACCAGAACAGCUCGCCGCCGGUGCUGCCGCAGCUCAAGCACGACAUGAUGUAUCACCCCGGCAUGGGCGGGCCGCACCCGGUCCCCAACGCUCGCCCGCACCAGAUGGGCCACCACGGCAUGGACGGCCUCGACAUGCUCGACCCCAUCUCCAGCACCUCCAUGACGACGCUGACGCCCAUGGACGGCGGCGGCGGGGGCGGCGGGGGCGGCCACCCGGGCCACCACCCGCAGCUGCACGCGCCCUCCGUGUACGGCCCGGCCGCCAUGAACACCAUGAUGUCGGGCCACCACCACCACCACCACCACCACCACGGCGGGGCGCUGCCGCCGCCGCCGCACCACCCGCCGCCUCACCACCACCACCACCCGGCCAUGGCGGCGGCGGCGGCGGCGGCGGCGGCGGCGGGGCUGCACCCCGACUCGGACACGGACCCGCGCGAGCUGGAGGCGUUCGCCGAGAGGUUCAAGCAGCGGCGCAUCAAGCUGGGCGUGACGCAGGCCGACGUGGGCAAGGCGCUGGCCAACCUGAAGCUGCCCGGCGUGGGGGCGCUGUCCCAGUCCACCAUCUGCCGCUUCGAGUCGCUCACGCUGUCGCACAACAACAUGAUCGCGCUGAAGCCCAUCCUGCAGGCGUGGCUGGAGGAGGCGGAGGCGCAGGCCAAGAACAAGCGGCGCGACCCUGACGCGCCCAGCGUGCUGCCCGCCGGCGAGAAGAAGCGCAAGCGCACCUCCAUAGCGGCGCCCGAGAAGCGCUCCCUGGAGGCGUACUUCGCGGUGCAGCCGCGGCCGUCGGGCGAGAAGAUCGCCGCCAUCGCCGAGAAGCUGGACCUCAAGAAGAACGUGGUGCGCGUGUGGUUCUGCAACCAGAGACAGAAGCAGAAGCGCAUGAAGUUCGCGGCGCAGCACUGA